AAAACAUGUACAGUGCAAAAUUAGCUGCAUCAGUUUCGCUCGUUAGAUACGUUUUAAAACAACUCGUUGCGAGAUAAGUGGUAUCUAACGGCCACUGAUGUAUUAUUCUCUAUUUAUAUUCAGCUGUAUUAGAAAAUGUUAACUUUAUCAGCAAUGGAAACUGAUUUAGUACAACAGAACCUUCAGUAAAACAAACGCAGUUAAAAAGUAUGAAUCGAGACAAAACCGGAUCGCAUGUUGGUCGACAAACUACCAGACAAAAGGUUCCACCAGAUGACAUGAAACAAGUCGGCAUAAAUCAGCACGCGUGGGUCAUAGUAGCAGCGUCCUUCUUUUCUCUCUUACUGAAUUCCAGCCUCUGUUUUAGUGUUGGGGUGCUGCACGUGCGGUUGGUGGAAACAUACCCAGAGAACGUCAACAGUGUCGCCUGGCUUGGCUCUGUUUUAGUCAGCAUGACUGCGCUUUCAGGCCCUGUUGCCAGCCUCGUUAUCAAUUUAUACGAUUGUCGGACAUGCGCAGUAUUAGCUGGAAUUAUUGGAGUCACUGGCUUUGUUGGUAGUUAUUUUGCAUCCAAUCUGUCGACCCUCUUCGUAUCUUACGCUUUAACAGUAGGUUUGGGUUUAGGACUAUCCCAUACAUCAGCCAUGGUGAUUUUAACCUACUAUUUUAAGGAAGACACUUCCACUGCUGCAGGAAUUACUACGACGGGGAUUGGACUCGGGAUGUUUGUUUAUCCCGUUCUAACCGACUUCCUUCUCGAGACGUACGGUCUCCGUGGAACAUUUCUCAUUCUAGGAGGUGUUGUCUUUCAAAGCUGCGUGUGCGGUAUGCUGAUGCGGCCGUCAGAAUUUGAACAUAGCCGUCGAGAGAUGUUCCUGAGUGGUCGGACCAGACGACAGCUGGUGAUCUACGCCAUCUCUGGCGGAGACUACACCCAGUGUUGUUCCAUUCUGACCAACAUUCCUUUCCUACUGCUAUUCCUCAGUUACUUCACCGUCGCCUUGGCAACGUCAUCUUUGUAUCUGUAUCUCCCGGACUAUUUCGUUCAGCGCGGAGCAUCGCUCCAAGCCGCAUCGUUCAGUCUAUCCGUGUCUGGAAUAGGCUCAGGAAUAUCGAGAAUGAUUACUGGUUUCGCUGCCAGUGAUCCGCGAAUUGGAAGUAUUAUAUUAAUAGCAGGUUUGACUGGUAUCACUGGCGUUCUUGUCGUGUUCACCAACCUCUUUAGUGUGACGUCAGCGGGGCAGCUGUCAUACGGGUUCUUGCUUGGACUGUACACUGGUGGCGUGUGGGUAAUAUCGGGAUCAUCCGCUCUUACUUUACUGGGCGUAGAAAGACUUGCAACCGGUUUCGGAUUGUUGAUGUUGUCCAUAGGUCUUGGCUACCUUGUUGGACCGCCACUGGCAGGUAACUACAUAUAA